GCUUAACACCAGGCCAGUGUUUGGAGGUGUAAGAUCUCGCAUUGGCAUCCAGCAAAAUCUUCUAAAUAGAUCAUCGCCAGCUGUCAGCUUCCAGCGGACAUUUGAUGCCCGACAGAAGAUAGGACUCACUGAUGCCCGACACAAACUGGGGGUUAAAGAUGCCCGUGAAAAACUGGUUCAAAAAGACGCUCGGUUCAAAAUCAAAGGGAAGGUGCAGGAUGCUCGAGAAAUGUUGAAUUCCCGUAAGCAGCAAAGUGUUGCUCCUGAAAAGGUGACCAAAGUGGUGGAUGCCAGAGAGAAGAUCAGCUUAAAAAGGAGUGCUCCAGCUGCUAUAAGCCCAACUAUGGGGACAGUAAAUCCAGCCAUGAAAAUCACCAAAACUAUCCAACAGAAAGCUCAAGUUCCCGGACAUGCUCAUCCAGCGAAUAACCAUACACACAAACAGGGUCUGUAUGACAUGGAAGAUGAUGAUGAAAGUGUCUCUCCCCUUAGUAGCAAACAGAUGAAAAUCACCACCACAAACAGCUUCCUGCACAACGCGACUGGGCUGAGUGGCAGUAAAUUCUCUCUGUCCAAGACUGUUCCCCUGACUAAAGUGGUCCAGAACGAUACGUACACAGCUCCACCUGCACCUCCCUCUCCUAUGCGGACAAAGGCCUUGACAAACAUGUCCCGGACCUUAGUGACAAAAGAGGAGCCUCCGAAAGAACCAGCACCUGUUGAGCUGGCGUUCAGUCCUUUGGAAGGCACAAAGAUGACCGUAAACAAUCUGCAUCCUCGAGUCACAGAGGAGGACAUUGUUGAGUUAUUCUGUGUGUGUGGCGCUCUGAAGCGAGCCCGGCUGGUGCACCCUGGAGUGGCUGAGGUAGUAUUUGUGAAGAAAGAAGAUGCUAUCACAGCAUAUAAGAAAUAUAACAACAGGUGCUUAGAUGGUCAACCAAUGAAAUGCAAUCUUCAUAUGAAUGGGAACGUCAUCACUUCA